GGUUACUGUGUUUAGGUGACGUUGAUGUUGUUCGCUUACAUCCUGUGGCCUCAAGACAUGCGGACAUCGUGCUCGUUGUUCUGAAUAACCAUCAUGUCGGUCGCUGAAAUGCUCCUCCACAUGCUCAUUCGCUUUCCAAAAGUUACUCAUCGCCAUUCUUUACAUUUGCUACGUUUGCUUUUCUUGCCAUGGAACGCGUCGGCUCAGAAGGGGAAACGAAAGUAUUCUUCGGAAGAUAACACAGGUAAUAUCUCUCCCUCAACAUUACAUGAAGAGAAAGGUGGGGGAGCGGGUACCCACGUUGUGAGCGCAGCUGCACUUUGUUCCGAGGAUGAAGGCUCGGCGUUGAGUCGCAGACUUACACCACGUGGAACGGAGACACCCGCACCUCUGCUGUCUGCCGAGGGUAGGGGUUCCACCUUGAGCAUUCCGCAACCCAGCAGCACGAAUCUGCUCGAGCCUACCCGCACAAAGUAUCCGCCAACGCAAGCGAUUGAUCAGAGCCAUUUACAUGUUUGCGCGCCUCCCCUCAAGAAUCUGAAUGAGCUGUUCACAAGAACAUCAUUGUAUAGUUUGGUUUGCAUGCUGUUGUUCCUCGAUCAUCCUGGAUUCACUGAUAUCAACAAGUGGAAGGCUUUCUGGGAGAUGUUCCAAAAAGACGUCGAGAAUAUUAAUCUGCUAGCUACCGUGCUACUGAGCGGGAAUGUCAGCUUCCUGGCUACCAUUUCCAAUAACGGAUUAUCGUACUGGCCGCAAAGGUUGAGCUAUGUGUCGCUCGUGGCUGCGUUGGGAAGUAUCUUGAUGGGACUGGCAGUUCGGACCCCGAGAUUCUUCACAGCUUACACGUCGUUUUACUUCCAAUGUAUGGUAUUGGUACUAGGGUUCCCAUUCGAGCUCUUCCUGUACAGCAUUAUUCUUUUUAUUGCUGUGUUCGUUGUACACUUCAGCAUCAACGCGGCGAUGCUACAGAUUUAUGCAACCAUUGUUAUCAUGGGCCUUGUGAUUCCCUUAGAGGGUAGGAAAGUUCCUAAGGAGGGUAUCGCUGUCGAGGUCAGCCGUAAUUUGUUCAACGGGCGCAUCUUUGAUAGAUACUUCAAGGUAACCUUGUUCCUUACUGAGUAG